GGGUCAGCGGCGCGGCGGAGGGGCAGGUGCCAGAGCCGCCCGGUGCCUCCCGGUGCUGCCCGGUGCCUCCCGGUGCCCCCCCCCCGGUGCCACCGCCCCCCGCCCCGCCGCAGGGACCCCCGGUGCCGCCCCAUGCGCCCCCCGGCGCGGUCCUGACUGCCGCUGGCCACGAUGCGAGCCCAAAUUGAAGUGAUCCCAUGCAAGAUCUGCGGGGACAAGUCCUCAGGGAUCCACUAUGGCGUUAUCACCUGCGAAGGCUGCAAGGGAUUUUUCCGGAGGAGCCAGCAGAACAAUGCCAGCUACUCCUGCUCCCGGCAGAGGAACUGCCUGAUCGACCGCACCAACCGCAACCGCUGCCAGCACUGCCGCCUGCAGAAAUGCCUGGCGCUCGGCAUGUCCCGCGACGCGGUGAAGUUCGGCCGCAUGUCAAAGAAGCAGCGGGACAGCCUCUAUGCUGAGGUGCAGAAGCACCAGCAGAGCCAGGAGCAGAGCGGUGGCACCAAGGAUGAGCCUGAGCCUCUGAGCCGCGUCUACACCACCAGUGUCAGCAGUGGGCUCUCGGACCUAGACGACAUCUCCACGCUGUCGGACGGGCUCCUCUUCGACUUUCCCCUCACCCCUGAUGGCAGCAGCACCUACUACAACCUCGACCUGCUCGCCUCAGCGCAGCCCUCACCCGACCAGUCCAGCCUGGAUGUGGCCGAUGCCACACUCAUCAAGCAGGAGUCCAUCUACGAGCUGAUGCUGGAGCCAGCCCUGUUCGCGCACGGCGCGCUGGAGGGCGCUCAGCUGGCUGCUGAUAUCUCCGUCCUCGAGAUCGACCGGGUGGCUCAGAACGUGGUGAAGUCCCACCUGGAGACGUGCCAGUACACAACAGAGGAGCUCAAGCGCCUGGCAUGGAGCCUCUAUUCCCCCGAGGAGGUCCGUGCUCUGCAGAGCAAGAGCUGCGAGGCCAUGUGGCAGCAGUGCUCGCUGCAGAUCUCCAACGCCAUCCAGUACGUGGUGGAGUUCGCCAAGCGCAUCGAUGGCUUCAUGGAGCUCUGCCAGAAUGACCAAAUCAUCCUCCUGAAAGCCGGUUGCCUCGAGGUGCUCCUGAUCCGCAUGAUCCGUGCGUUCAACCCCUUGAACAACACCGUGCUCUUCGAGGGGAAGUUUGGCGGCAUGCAGAUGUUCAAGUCACUCGGCUGUGACGACCUCAUCGGUGCCAUCUUUGAGCUGGGGAGGACCCUGUGCCGCCUGCAGCUAUCAGAUGAGGAGCUCGCCCUCUUCACCGCCGCUGUCCUGCUCUCCCCAGAUCGCCCCUGGCUGACCGAGUCCAAGAAGGUGCAGAAGCUCCAGGACAAGAUCUACGUGGCCCUCCAGCACGAGAUCCAGAAGAAACACUCCGCAGAGGACAAGCUCUCAAAGAUGGUUUCCAAGCUGCCCUUGAUGAAGACCAUUUGCAACCUGCACUUGGACAAGCUGGAGUUUUUCCGUCUCCUGCACCCGGAGACUGCCAUGAACUUCCCACCCCUCUAUAAGGAGGUCUUCAACUCGGAGCUUCAGUACAGUGACCCACGGGAGAGCUAAAGCUGGGAGCCACCAGCCCUCUUCAAGUUCCCCAAAAUUUGGAAACAAACUAAACUCCAGAGGUUUGGGGAAGUUUAUUUAAAUCAAAUAAUCAAACUCAAGAGAACCCGGGGGGCUGGGGUAUAUCCCAGCCCCGUUUCCUCGCUGUGGAUUGCAAUAGCUCUUGAAUGUAAAGCACCUUGAAGGAAUAAGCAAACGGACUUUGCCAUACCAGUGAAAUGAAUGUGAAAUCCCUGCUCGGGAGAGGAGAUGCUCCUGGCAGUGGUAGGGGACCGACUCUUCCAGGCAGCACAGGAGGAGGGAGCACACGUUGCUGUGCUCAUGGCACGGCCCUUCCUGCUGUCCUGGCUGCUCUCUCCAUCUCUGGUUUUUAUUUUUUAUUUUUAAUUAUUGUUUUUAUUUUAUUUUUUUAUUACCCAAAUACAAGGCGUGGGAUAAAGAAGGGGCAACGCAGACUCGGCUGGCCAGGAGUGGGCCAGGUCGGUGGCGGCAGCUUUGGGCUCCCAGCUGAAGCCGAGGAGAGGGUGAAGGCAGAGCCUUUGCUUUAUUCCUUCUCCCACGGGUGCAGCGAGCCCAUAGGACAUGGGGUGACCUCAGGAGCUUGGCUGAGAAAGAUCCGGCUGUGGCCAGGGGUGGGAUUUAGCACAGGAUUUUCCCAUGGAGGAGGCUGUUUCAAGGGAAAAGAGCUCUGCAGGUCUCCAUGCCCUCUGUCACAGCAUUCUCCCAAAUGCCGGUCCAGCUGGUGUUUGGAGCCAAUCCGGCACAUCCACCCACCUCCUACCACCUUUCCACAUCCCAAGUGCUUUCCGAGGAGGGGCUUUGUCCUUGGGACUGUGGCCAAACCCCAGCUCCUGGCUGCUGUACUCAGGAGGCAGCCGCAGGCAGCAGUGCAGGCACCAGGGCUCAGUGCCUGACUGCGCGUCGUCGCAGGCAGGGGCUCUCUUGGUGCUGGCUGUUGUGUGUAGUUCUCUUAUCGAGACCCACAGCUCAGCACCCAGAGGAGGUUUUGUGGCCUUUCCUCUGCCCAGUCCACAGCCAGGUCCCCAAUUCCCACGCUGGGACCAUUGGAAGCAUGGUCGUGGCUGCUAUUGCAGGUUGAAUUAGACCCAGGCUUUCGCUCCAAGGAGCUCUGUUAUGUUGGGGUUUGUUCUCUAUUUAGCAGGACCUGGGAGCUUUUUAGUGGGAGAAACUGCCCAUUGGGGUCAAGGGGAAGUGAAAGGUCCUUAUUCCUUCCCUGGUGUGGUCAGGACCUGCUGCUCUGAGCUUGGGAGGCUCAAGAGGUGAAGAAGGGAUGGAUUCGUGAGGUGAUGCUGCGAUAGCCCACAGCUGGCAGGGGCACUUGAUGGACUCCAUGGCCAGGCUCUGCAGAUGGUUUUUCUGUCCCUGUUCCUGCUCCUCCUGCAGCAAAUGCCAAAAGCUACAGGGAAAAAGCCUGCUCUGAUGCAGCCCCAGUUUCUGCUGACAAAGGGCUAAAAUCCCAAGCCCUGUCUCCCUGCUUCAUGUUGAUUUCUCAUGCGUCCAGCCCUGUUCUCUGGCAGCUCAGAUCAUCUCCAAGUGUGAGCUGAAGACCUUCAAUUCCAUAAUUGCAUCCCUUAACCUAAACGAGCAGCUUUCUUAGCAAUGUAGGGGAUAUUCAUGUUUUCAGCUUAAAGACCUAUGGAAAACCAUGGACGAAGCUUAACCAGGAAAGACUCACCAGGAAACCGAUGGGAUUUUUGCUUUCGUAUAAGGCAGAGAGAAUUUAGGGACCAUGCUAUUCCCCUGGCAGCUGCCACCUGCCACAUACAGCCCUGUGCUUUCUGGUUUUGCUAACCACCAUCUGAACUCCUUCUUGGAGCAUAUUUGAGUUGGUCAGCCUUGUUUCUCCUCCCAAAGGCAUUGGAGCCCAGGUCUCUGGUGAAGGCUGCUGAUGCUGAGUGCCAAUGCGUUGUUCUCCAGUGCAGCGUUCGCCGGGGUGGGGAUGCACCGGCUUGUUUCCUGCCCUCUUGGAUCCUAGAAGCAUGGACAGAAGUGAGAAGUCAGCACUGCCUUGUUCAUCUAGAGGGUUGUGCCUUUUUUUUGGAGCAUCAUUUCUGACAGCACCGUUCAGUUCCCGGCCCCUCUCUGCAGGGAAAAGCACUCAAGAAAACAAAUGUGCUUUGAGAAGGGGGCUCUCGCCCCCCGCUUCUGCAGGACUCCCUUGGAGGAAACAGCCUCAGGUGGUUUGAAAUGCUUGGGGGGAAAAAAAAGCACACACCUUUAUUUAUGUCCUCAGCAUUCGUCAGCCAACAUGCACCAAUGGUCAAUGCCACCGUUUUCAUUUCAUUUGGCAAAGAAAUCAAGAAAGCACCUUAAAUAGGGAAAAGAUGGAGCCCUUGCCACUGGUUCUUCUGGCUUGUGACACAGCAUCCAUCUCAAGGGAGAGAUUUUGGAUUCUGAGCAAUAAGAGAUUCCCGUGGGGAAUCUCGGGAAGACUCGAAGCAUUAAACGUGUAACUCAACCUGCCAAACUGUGGGAACCUGCACUUUGAAGUUCUUUUUAAAGGAACCGACUUGUCUGUUGCCUGGGACGGGUGGCACAGGUUGGAAGGGAUGACAGGGACAUGCCGACCCCCCCUAGCACCUCUGGGGCUGCAGCCCCUGCUUUUAGCCACGGUGGCUGUGCCAAGGUCCCUCACGCUCCUCCUGUGCCACCGAGAGCAGUGGCUCAGCAGAGGCAGGCAUUGAGCUUGGAGGGAAAGAGCAAAUGAAAAACCCUGGGUAGAAAUGCCUGGAAAAGGGAGAUUUCCGCUCUCCCUGCACCGGAGCUGCAUGGGGCUGGAUGGGAGCCCCCAGACCCCCAGCUCACUUCAGUGCUUGGUCCUUGGUGUCUUGGGGUUGUUGCCAUCCCACUGGCCAUGAGACCUUUUGUGUCCAGUGGCCCUGGGCAGUGGUUCCUGUGAGCUGGGCAGCCUCAGCACAAGGGAUUGCUCUUUUCCAGACGAAGAUUCAUUUUGUGUUUGUUUGUUUGCUCUGGCAGUUUAGCUGAGUGUGCAUUUCCACCUCCAGAACCCUCACACUGUGUAUAAAAGUGGAUAAAAUAUAUAUAUAUAAUAUAUUCUUGUGAAUGUUGGUGCAAAAGAGAAAACUAUAUAAAGUUUCAGUUGGUUUUAUGUUAUUUUUUAUCUAUACGAAUGAAAGGAAGGAAUGGAAAACACUUUUUUUUCCAUUCACCACUCUCUACACACACCUACCUGUAGAUACCAACAGGUUUUAUGGAAAUGUUUUACUUUUUAGAUUUAGGAAGAUGCUUCUGUUCUCAUUGAAUGUUCUGUCGUGUAAGAUUGUAAUUUCUAUUUUUUUAAAGAAAAGAAAAGAACUAAAUAAAAUUUCCUCUUUCGGACCAGUCAGCUUGGAAGGGAGGGCAGGGGAGGGAGAAAUGUUUAUUUAAGGACAAAGGUGUUGUCUGAAUUUUUGAUGACAUUAAAUAAAAAGUAAUAUAAUGUAUGGACAAAAAAAAACCCCCAAACCCUUUUGUUUUGAGGUGUAUUCUAUAGGUAUAUAGAUGUGUACUGCACAGA